AUGGUGGAAGCGUUUAAAGGGAUUAGUGGAGCGAACGUUCCGACGUGCAUCGAAGCGAACAGGACGAUCGAUAGAGACGAUGAACGUAGGAGCAGUUUUGGUGCAGAACUAAAACUUGGAGGUAUUGGAGCAGAAGCCGGCUGGUGCUCUCUAAACAUAGAUCACUAUCACAUCGUAGCGAGCUUAGUGCAGACGCCUCAGGACGAACGACGAUCCGACGAAGGAUCUGUGGAGGUCAUCAGAAUUCAGAGAUUGUCGGCUGCUAAAUGCAACUUUGUCUAG